AUUUAUUGAUGUAAUUGUAUUUGUUUCUAAGCUUUAAUGGUUCCUCAGAUAAACAGUGGCUUAACCCUAACCCAGAGCUGCAGAAACUGCAUCUGAUCCCCAUACAGAUGUGUAUAAACACGAAUUUUAUCCUUUUUUUCUCUCUCUCUCUCUAUUGCAUGCUCUGAUUUUUGUUCAGAACUUCUUUGUGCAAAGGUUUUGAGCUGAAGCACAAAAAUUGGCAGGCUGUGUCUUCAGAUUUGGGCUCAGAUACAUUUCCUUCAUUACUUCUGCAUGCACUGCAUACAUGCAUUAUAACUAACACUAUAAUUAUUACUCGUGUUUGAGCAUUGCAGACUUCAUAAACUGGCUUUUGAGUGACAUGUAAGUUUAAUAAAAAAUAUAAUCAUUUGCUUAAAAAACACAUCCUGCACCAGAAUUUAAUGUUUUAAAUUGAUAGUGAUGCUGAUGUUCGUGGUCUUCAUGCUCUGGACUCAUUUGGGACUAAUUCAUGAAUUUUUUUUCAUCCCCUUAAAACCCAGAGUAAGUUGUUUUUUUGUGAGGAGAUCCAGGGUUAUCAGUCCUUGCAUCAGUAGAAGUGUGUGUUCUGUCCAACACAGGAUUCAGAGAUGAAGCGUGAGAUAUUAUUCACAGAGAAUCUCGAGAGCUGGAGAUAAGCGACCUUCCUGAUGUGAUCUGCAGCACAGUAACGGCUCUGUGACUCAGCCACAACACCUUAGUCUGAAUAUUAUCGGUUAACAUAAUUAGUUUUUUUUUGUUUUGUUUUGUUAUAUGGAGAACCUGAUUUUAGGAAUCAGUUCCUCAAAACAAGUUUGCAAAGUAGAUCUUACUCCUGCGAUAACGAGUGAACCUUAAAGAACCAGUUUGGUGAAUAAUCCAAUUUACACAAUGCUCCUUCUUCCUCGUAGGUACUCAAUCAGUCAGGACAUUUAGUGCUCCUGUAGUUUUCAAUUUGAAGCUACAACGCUAAUGUAGAUAACAAGCAGUGGAAGUCUAGCUCACCCGAAAUGUUCUUUGUAAACAUCUGGCACAAGCGUGCAUCCAAUUCGUUCAGAAAUGCGAAGCUGAUUUGCAGAUGUGGUUUAGGACGCAGUCUAUAAAAGCUUGGAACGAGUAUAUAAAGACUUGUGCAAGGUUUAUGAGGGAUUUUUUUCUUGGUAAAACAGACUUCCAUUACUUGUUAAGAAGCAAACGUCAGACAGCAAACUAUCUCGGGAGAUCAAUUUUUGAUGGUGUUAUACAGUGAAAUGUUGAUCUUGAGGUUUAUCAUUAGGCAAGUGCUGAUAAUCAGUGAUACGAUAAAUCGUGAUACUCAUCACACAAUAACGCUAUCGUGGACACAUCGUCCCGCCCUCUGUUUUGCGUUGGAUGAAGGCAGAUUAAGUAGGCAGUGUUUUUGGGCAGUGCUCACAGUCCAGAUAUAAAGACUAUCCCAUCUGGAAGACAGCAUCAGGACAGCGGCUACUUCUGCUCACCGGAUGAGAUUUCUGUUUGUGUGUUCAGGACUCGGGUGGGUGUCUCCGUGAGCACAUGCGCUGUAUGAUGCGCUCCCUGCAGGACCUGAAACAGCUACACCGGACCUGCAUGAUGCAGCCCUCCUCCGGCCCCUGCAAGCUGCUGAUUGGACGGCGUGAGCGGCGAGCACGGCUCCGAGUCAGCGACGCCAGCGACUCCAGCAGCUCCGACUCGGCCUGUCGGCUCUCCUGCCCCCUGGAGGACGAGGACAGCAGCGCGGCCAGCAGCCUCGAAUUUGACUCUGGCUACUCGGAGGCAUCGUGGCCUGACGAGGGACCCGUGGUGCUGCGCCGAUUCAGGAAGGUACGCGCCGCAUCGGCCGAUCUCGAUCUAGAACCGAGCCCCCGUCCCAGAACGCGACCCAAAUCCACGUCGGACGCCUGCCUGGAAAAGUGGACGUCGUUCGAGGUGCCGAGCGAACCGGAAGACUGGACGGCGGCGCUGCUAACGCAAGGCCGCAACCGGCAUCCACUUGUUCUCGGGGAUAAUAGCUUUGCUGACCUCAUUCAGAACUGGAUGGAUUUGCCAGAGUGUCCAUCGGAACCGACAGAACCGAGGCCUAGCGCAAGCAAACGGCUAGCCAAGGACUUUCUGGUCAACGUGAGGCGGAGGAUAGCGAGGAUUUCACAGAACAUAGACGGACAGAAAAAGCUCGUCUCAGACUCGUCUCGGGCGAACAGAGCCGCCAUGGCACCCAAACGUCUCUCGUGUCCCGUCGAUGUUCCGCGGAAAGUUCCGUUUUUCCACAAAUCUCACAUGGACCUCCAGGAACUCGAUACGGACUUUUACCGCUUCACGGCGCUCAUGAAGACAGGCAGCCGGCAGCCAAUCAUCUGUAACGACGUCAUCGGGUACAUAUGAGUGACCGAACAGACUCUUCUGACUGAACGGACUCUGAUAUUUACAGACACAUUGCUUUUAUACCAAACAACUGUAUUAUUGUUGCCAUGUUGCUAAUGGUCAAGUUAAUAAUAAUGCUCAAGCUAUAAUAAUAUUAAUAAUAAUAAAAAAAAUUAUAAUUUUAA